CUGGCGAGACCCAGCAGCCGGGAGCAAAGCGCAUAGCCGGGUGGGCUGAGGGGCGACGGCGGCCUGGGAGCCGGGGAAGUUUGGGCCACCGCUGGCAGUGCUGCGAAACGGAGGCAGGCUCAAGCCCGUGGACCAGGGGGCAGGAGGACCGGCUUACGGACGCCCUCGGGACCGCUGCCACCAUCUCGCGUCCUCUUGCCUGGAAUAGUGUUUACGCUUUUAAAAUGUCAUCCAUCAAGCACCUGGUUUAUGCAGUUAUUCGUUUCUUACGGGAACAAAGUCAGAUGGAUGCUUAUACUUCAGAUGAACAAGAAAGUUUGGAAGUUGCAAUCCAGUGCUUGGAGACAGUUUUUAAAAUCAGCUCAGAAGAUACACAUCUAGCAGUUUCACAGCCUUUGACAGAAAUGUUCACAAAUUCCUUCUGUAAGAAUGACAUUCUGCCCCUUUCAAACUCGGUGCCUGAAGAUGUGGGAAAAGCUGACCAAUUAAAAGAUGAAGGCAAUAACCACAUGAAAGAAGAAAAUUAUGCUGCUGCAGUGGAUUGUUACACACAGGCAAUAGAACUGGAUCCAAAUAAUGCAGUUUAUUAUUGUAACAGGGCUGCUGCUCAGAGUAAAUUAGGUCACUACACAGAUGCAAUAAAGGAUUGUGAAAAAGCAAUAGCAAUUGAUUCCAAGUACAGCAAGGCCUAUGGGAGAAUGGGGCUGGCCCUCACUGCCAUGAAUAAGUUUGAGGAAGCAGUUACAAGUUAUCAGAAGGCGUUAGAUCUUGAUCCUGAAAAUGACUCCUAUAAGUCAAAUCUGAAAAUAGCAGAACAGAAGUUAAGAGAGGUAUCCAGUCCAACAGGAACUGGACUGAGCUUUGACAUGGCUAGUUUAAUAAAUAAUCCAGCCUUCAUUAGUAUGGCAGCAAGUUUAAUGCAGAAUCCUCAAGUUCAACAGCUAAUGUCAGGAAUGAUGACAAACGCUAUUGGGGGACCUGCUGCUGGAGUUGGGGGCCUAACUGACCUGUCUAGCCUCAUCCAAGCGGGACAGCAGUUUGCUCAGCAGAUACAGCAACAGAAUCCUGAACUUAUAGAGCAACUUAGAAAUCACAUCCGGAGCAGGUCAUUCAGCAGCAGUGCUGAAGAACAUUCCUGACUUAACCAGAAUGCAGACAGUUAUGGCUCUGAAGUGUUUGCUAUAGAUAGUGGCCAAAACAAAAACAAAAACAAUCUAAAGAAUAUAUGUCUAAACAAUAGGUUUAUCACAAACAGACCUGCACAUAACAUGAUUCCUUUGUAAAUGAAUGAUCAGUAGCCUUGUUAAGUGCUAGUAUAGCACUUAACUGGACAGGGUUCCAUUUUCAAAUCUUCAUCAUGUUUGUAUAUUAGACUUAAUAGCAGAGUAUAUUUAUUGAACCAUAGGGCUGUUUAUUGGUGAGUUGAGUUCUCUAGCUUCAAAUUCCCCUAAGCAAACUUUUUGAAAGGGGACCAAAGAGGAAGGUUUCUCAUUCUGAUUUAGGAGAAAUAUACUUACCACUGAGCAGCAUAUCUGGAGAGAAGGUUGUUACCUGGGUUUAGCUUUGAUAGCUAUUGGUAAUGAAUAUAUGUCAUGGGGGCAGGUGCUAUCUUUAAUGCUGCUUAUUCUGAUGGGUGAUGAAAUCUUAAGAGCUGGUGGAAAGCAGCAUUUGGUGCAAGGGCUGUUAUUUUGAAAAGAAAUAGAUGCUGUGAAUGUAUAGAAAGUGGAGGUAGGAUGCUCAGGUUUUAGUUCUUAACUAACCUUGCCUGCAGUUUGGUAUUGAUAACAUUAGCAUGGCCAAUUAUGCUAAGUACAUAAUAAAGUACAUUUAGAAAUCCUUAAUGAUUCUGGUUAGGUCAGUUGUAUAACUGUUCGGUUUAACUAUCACAAUUUCCCCAGUGGUGACUUUACUGUGGAAACCCUCCAAUACAUCAAUAUUUAAAUAAGCCGAUGGCUUGGCCCUUAAGUUAAGGAUUUUCUAAGUGGCAUUUUAUUAUGUGCCUGUAAACACUGAUUUUUUUUUUUAACUCAGUACUUAUUUGAUGGGUUACAAAAAGCAUCUAUCGCUAACAUUGCUUGUUCAUGUAAUCCUCUGCUAUAAUUUGGCUUGGCAUGUUGCUUUUAUCCUUAACCUUAAUUUGAUACCACUUAAACGUAACAGGGGACUUGAAAUAUUUUAUUGGAAUUAGGAUACAUACUAGUGGAGAGAGAUGUUAAAGUACCAUGGGAGUGGCUUUAACUACAGUGAUAGAUGAGGCCAUUCUAAUCGCAACUGGAAUUUCUUUUGUUUAUUAUGAAAUUGGUAAAGUUGGCAGACACAUAAUGAUUUCACAAGUGUUGUGAGAGAAAACUGAAAUAGAAAGUAAUAUAAAAGUAAGUCAGUAAUACUGAUGAUGAUCAGAGCCUUACUAUAACUGUCCUCCUCAGAAGGCUAAUUACUUGGUAUCUUGAAGUUUAAAAACCAAUUUUCCCUUUGUGAGAUUACAACAGAGGUUCUAUAAUUUCAUUGUAAGAAUAACCUGGAAAUUCAUUAAAAAUGCAGAUUCAGGGGCACAGCUUCAAUUUUUAUUUAGUAGGUCCUUUAAUAAGGUCUGGGAAUCACCAUUUUAAAUAGCACCUAUACUUCUGGCCAGAGAGAGCAAGACUUAAACCUAAGCUAAGCCUUCUGAAUUAAAUAUGCUGUAUUGCAUCUAAACCAGCUUCAUUUUUCAUGAAGUUAAAUUCAUCUCCUAGAGUUCAGUGUUAUACAGAAUGAAGUGCUAACUAACCAAAGAAAAAUGAUGACUGCAAUGGAAAAAAAAAAAACCAACAAAAAACGCAAAGUUGAUCCUUAAUAAAAAAUUAGUCACUCCUACCCAGUGUUGAGUAAGAAAAAGUCCCCAGCAUAACUAUCUUGAGUUUAUUAACAAUGCUUUCAGAUCAAUAAAAUUGAUGAGCCUCUAGCUGACUGACUAGGAAAACAGAGAAAAUAGGUAGCAACAGUAUCAGAAGUGAAAGAGGAGAUACCAUUACAGACCCUGUCGACAUUAAAAGGAUAAUUAGAAAAUACUAUGACCAAUUCUGGGUCCAUAUAUUUAACAACUUAGAGGAAACAGACAAAUCCCUUGUAAGGUACAAACUACUAAAGCUCACGGAAGAAGAUACCUCCAGAAAAGACAGCUACAGGCCCCGGUGAUUUCAGUGGUGAAUUCUCCCAAACAUUUCAUAUCAAUUCUACACAAUUGCUCCCAGAAAAGAGAAGAGGAAACGCCUCCCAACUCUUUUUGUUUAGCCAUUACUCUUAUACCAAAAUCAAAGACAUUAUAAGAAAAAAACACUUUAAAACAAUACCUUGAUUUGCUAAUAUCUGUAGUUAAGGUAGGCAUUCUUUUUACAUGAAGUAAUGGGAAUUGGGGUAUUUCUUCCAUUUUACCUUCUGGUUUGUUUGUUUUCUAAUAUAUCACCCAUUAUAAAUUAAAUCUAGGUAUCUGUCCAUUUACCUGGAUUUCCAUUCUAUUCAAGCCGUUUUUCCUCUUUAAGUGCUUUCACCACUUUGGAAUCACUGCAUUCACUGCAUGCUAUUUCAAGAAGGUUUACUCUGAAAAUUAUAAGUAAUGCUGUAAAUGUUACUUUGCUUGUCUGAAACAAGAGGAUGUUAAAGUAAAUUUUUAUAUACAUUCUACCUGGGAAUGACUGACUUCUAUUAACCACAUUUCACUAUAGUAGCUGUAGCUGUUAUACUGCUGUGUAAAACUUAUAAUGUCCUUUUUAUGCAAAAGACAUUUUCAUUUAAUGUACCAAACUGUUCAUCUAGUUUUUAUAGUAUGGUUUAAACAGAUCCUUUCUAAGAUGACACUGUCUAACCUUAAAGAAUGAACAAUAUGUGUCUAGGUUAUUGCUUAUAAAAGGAUACUUUGUAAUUAAAUCAAAUUAUAUAGCAGAUUUUAAGUGAUUGUUACACUUUACUUUCAGAAUUUGAAACAGAAGGUUCAGUCAUGAGAAGAUGCUCGGAAAUCAAUAGAAGUAUCCAGUGCAGUGGCUAUAAAGUCUUAUUUCAUCAUUUACUCAAUUGUGCUCAUUUUGGAGGAAAGGCAGACUUCAGUUUUACUGCUUGCACUUUAUUUUCAUUAAUUACCUCUCCAAUUUAAGGGCAAAUCUCAUUCUGAAUAUAGCUUUCAUUUUGGACCAAUUUGUCAUGGCAAUAAAUAAUUAUGCAUUUAAGAAAAACCAA